AUGAAGAGAAUACAUUCUAAUUCCAUCGAUUCGGAUCCCCCACCUUCAAAGGAGAAGAAGAGAAGAGAAGACCAUGAAGAAGAGCAAGAAGAAAGCCAGAAAAGAGAAGAUAGAGAGGCAGUUUGGAGAACAGCUAUCAGAGAAGGGCUGCAGGGAGGAGAGCAUACCCUCUGGUUUCAAAGAUUUCUGACCCCCAGCCCUCAAAGAAAAGUAAAGACCACCGAAGAAGAGGAAGGAAAAAAACAGAAAGAAGAAGAGAGAGAGGAUGUAGAUGACCAUCUGCAAGUUGAGUGCUACAGGGAGAAGAAACGGAGAAGGCAGGAGACUGAUGAAGGAGAAGCUGGACCUGUGAGUGCAGAAGCUCAACCUUCAAGGCUAAACCCGCUCAGUAUCUCCAGUUACAACUUCUACUCUAAGUUGGGAGCAGGAGGAUAUGGCAAAGUAAUGCUGGCUUCGUUAGGAGACAGGAGGCCAUAUGUGGCUGUAAAAUCUGUCGGCAAACGAGAGCUCCCAGAUUACAGCAGCCUUCUCUCAGAGUCUCAAGUGCUGAACAUCGGCAGACACAGCCCAUUUCUUUGCCAAGGCUUUGCCGCUUUUCAAACCCAGUGGCAUGCCUUCUUUGUAAUGGAGUACCUGAGUGGGGGAAGCCUUGAGGAUGAGCUGAAGCGACACGGGACGCUGCCCAUAGAGAGAGUACGGUUCCACUCUGCGGAGAUGAUUUGCGGCCUACAAUACCUGCACGGCCUCGGGAUUAUCCAUCGAGACAUCAAACCCAUGAAUGUUCUAUUGGACCAUCAAGGACACGUUAAAAUCUGUGACUUUGGCCUGGCAAAGCAAAGCAUCUUUGAUGGUGACCUAACAACUGGCCGGGCCGGAACCAUAGAAUACAUGGCGCCAGAGAUGCUGAACAGAAAAACAUACAAUGCAGCAGUAGACUGGUGGUCAUUUGGCAUCACCAUCUGCAAAAUAACCACUGGAAUGUCACCGUUUCACAACAGCGGGAACAUGGAUCAGCUCAUUUGUUCCAUCAAAAACCAUGAACCCAAUAUACCCGACUGGCUGGAUGAAGAUCUAAAACAUCUUCUGGGGCAGCUACUAGAAAAGAAUCGGAAGCAACGCCUUGGUGUUCGAGGAAACAUCAGAUGCCACCCAUUCUACAAAGCUAUCGAUUGGGCGGCGCUGGAAGAGGAAGGAUUGCAACCCCCUUACCAGCCGAGAACACCACCACCAGACCUAUUCCAGCCGUGUAAAGAGAAGCUGUCAUUCCUGGAGUACAAGGAGGAUGAAGGAACAUCAGGGGGCAGUGACACCAUUCCCGGCUUCUCAUUUCAAAGUUCCACCUGGCUGACGUAAGUAUGUGUAGGCGUUUAAUCCAGCCAAUAAAAACAAUUUACUAUUCCAUCAGCACAGGUUUUAUGGGACAAUGGGCAUGAUUGUGGGCUGCAAGAACUUUUCCGCUUGCUGCAUGAAGGCCAGAUCAUCUCUUGCGAUUCCUGCUUCAACCAUCGGCUCCACCUUCACCUGGGAUUCCAUCUUCCAGGGUAUGAGACUGUUGGGUAACAUCAGGCCUAGAAUUAUGAGGGGCAGUCACUCAUUUGGCACAUCACACGUAAGUAUAGGUGGGUAUCUUUAUGUGAGCGAAUGUGUGAGUGAACGUGAGAUAUGAAAGGAUAAGGGUGUAACAGAAGGCAAAGCAGAGUCUAAGAUCACAGCCUGCUUUGUCUUCCUGCACAUCAUGUCUAUGGAACCAAUACCCUGUUAGUUAUUUAUAUAGUUCUAAAGUUCUCAUAGUUGGGUAGAAAUCCAGAUCAAGGGUUUUUUUCCAUCUGAAGUA